CCCCUGGACUACAUGAACUUGUUUCCAAAAUUAUCAACCACGAAUGUCGUCGAGUUCGAAAUCCAAGAUAUUACCAUCCAGCCAUCGUAUACGCAGAACACGUUAGUCCACCUCCUAUGCUGCAAUACGGGCUACCAGGCCACGUCGUUUCUAGAUUGACUACCUACUUUAUUUAUGUAUGAAUACCGUUGACCAUGCGCAACUCGGCGCAUCUCCUAUUAUCGUAUCAGAAGAUAAUUCACAACGAGACUCGGCCGAACCCAAAACCAGAUCUAACGACAAUCUCCAAAGCUAUCCGACUAAUCCGACGAAUCCGAAGACACGAGACAUAGAUGCAUCGUCGUCGUCGUUACCGCCAUCGAGUACUCAGCAAGAUAUUGUGACCAAAUUAUUACAGUUUCUGUCCACAGCAACCCCUGGAACUAUUGCUGCCAUUACAACUGGACUUGCUGCGAUAACAUACUUUAUCCUCGGUCAGAUUGGUCUUCUGUUAAUUGGGGCUGUCGCUGGUAUAACGCUAUUUGCGACAUGGGAAUCUCAGCACCCAGAAGUGUCACGAGCAAUACGGGGUGAAAGGGGCUACGAUAUCUUAGACCGCAUCUUGGAAUCCACGCACACAAAGUCGGUCAUCCAGGCCGAACAAAAUGACGAGCAGAAUGAGCAAGCCCUGUCUGGAGCCUUUGAUGACUUUCAACCAGAGACGCGACAGGCACUGAAUGCUUUUGUCGAUGCGGUCAUCCGCGAUUAUGUCGAUUGGUGGUACGGCCCGAUCGUGCCAUCAGACAAGUCAUUCCCUCUCUCCUGUAGAAAGGUAUUGGUCAAGUUCGUAUUAUCUAUAUCGAACCAAUUGAGCCGCAAGCGCCCCGCUGAUGCCUUCGUCGACUUUCUCACACACUCGUGCUCUAUCAUCAUCGUUUUCUUAUCUGAAAUGGCAUCUGCUUACUCAGAACUCCCUUCCGAUACGAAUUUGACGGCGGCAGAUGCUAUAUAUAACUACCUUGCCUCAAAUACCGAAGCCCCAUUAUCAAACUUGCUCAACCAGAGACAACAAGCAGGGAAAUUCAAGAUUGUUGCCGAGGACUUACUCGGUUACCUGGAUAGGUCUGCGUAUGACUGUGAUCCCGCUAGGGUCUUUUUAAGAGAGAUACUCGCUAGUGUCGUUCUUGAGGGUACAUUGCAAACAUGUUCCAAGGCGGAAUGGAUAAAUGCUUGGAUAGUGUAUCUUCUCGAGUCCGGGGAGACAGACUUGUCGCAAGCUAUCGACGAUGCAAUCCAAGAUCAGAAGGCCUUUGGCGAUGUUGACGGUAAUGUUGGGAACAUCGGACUCUCCAGGGGCAACCGUAACUCCUACGAAAUGGAUCGGGCUCGUCGCAAAGAGUCCACCCAUAAGAAGCAGUUGUCUAAGGCCGACGAAGAGAUGGAGAGGGCUAUGGAAGAGAUGAAGAGACUCAAUGAGAUGAUUGCCGAAGCCGAUAAAGUGAAAGGAGCACCGAAUGGGAAUUCCGCAGAGAAGAAUGCUAAGGACCUUGGUUCGAAGAUCGGUGAGAAGCCGAGUAGAUCUUCCUUGGAGAAAUCUAAGGAAUCCGAUUCAGAUUCUAGAGUUGGAUUGAAAGGGCCAGCAUCGAGCAAAACCGGAGACAAGGAGAAAUUGCUCAAGUCUCCUAUCUCUCCUAGGUCACCCAUGGAUAACUCCAGCCAUAGUUCAUCGCCGGCCAACGGAGAAAGGGGACAGCCUCAUCGUCGUUUUACAAGUUUUGAUCAAAUAGUUCCUCCGGCAAGGGAAGAACCCGAAGAAGGCGAAUCACGCAACCCUCCGCCUCUGACACUUCACAAUGCCACAGUUACAAUUCACGACGACGCGGGCAAUGACAAGGGUCAACUUCGUUCCAAGCCAUCCUGGGAGUACCUCCUCCAGAUUGAGCCUGCAACUUCACACUACCCCGGAUGGAUGGUUAUGAAAACAUAUACCCAAUUUGAGGGCCUUCACGAGAGUUUGAGACGAAUUGCGACGAUCUCAGGCUCGACAGCUUUCCUCGAAGCUUUCGCUGCAUUCCCGAGUUGGAAAGUCCACACAAGAUCAUCAUUGCGUGGCGAGAUGGAAAGAUACAUGCGGACAGCUUGUGCUGAGAAGGCGCUGGCUGAGUCCGAAGCCUUCAAGCGUUUCCUUGACAAGGGCCAAGAAACCCGAGUGGCUAAUAAAGGUUUUUUCUUCGAGUCAGUAGGGAAAGGCAUGCUUGAUGUCAUCCAGAACGCACCCAAGGGUGCUUUGGACAGUGGAAAGGUUCUUGCUGGUGGAGUUACCGGUGUUUUCGGCAACAUCGGUCUGGGGCCGAGGAAGUCAACCAAUUCUUCCUUGAACGAGCAUCAGACCAAAGAUACUGUUAAAACACAAAGCCCCACCAGCAGCCGUCCGUUGUCGAUGUCAUCUCUUCCGAGGAUGGAUAGUACCUCAUCGGUGAAUGGAUCGGGAAAAUCCAGAGACAGUAUGGACAGCCAGAGAUCGUCCGUGAUUUCGGUUCAGCCGGGGAAAAUAGCUCCUAUGGAACGGCGUCCUAGUGUCCAGGUAGACGUGGAUCAAGACAGUCUUCACCCAGCAAGGGCUGACCGCUGGGAGCGGAGUCCAAUUAGUGCAACAAGUAGCAGAGUACAUAGCCGCGCCUCGAGCACUGCUGCGCUACGCUCUCCCCUACGAUCCCCGUCUGAACUAAGUUUCACAAACAUCAAGUUACCGCCUCCACCAGAUGAGAUCACAGAUGACUACGGCUCACCUUCAAGCACGCGUCUAAGCGUUGACGGGAAUUCAAGGCUUACCUCUGCUCCAUACAGCACCCCGCCGACUCGAUCGAUCGUUUCAAGUCUGCAAGAAAAACCAACACCGGGUAGUGGACAUGGAAAAAAACCGGGUAGGCAAUACGCGCCGCUCUCGGAGCAGGAGACUCGUGUAGCUGUGGAACUCCUUUUCGCUGUGAUCAACGAACUCUACACCCUAUCAUCGGCCUGGAACAUUCGGAGGACGCUUUUGACAGCGGCAAAAUCCUUCCUUCUACGACCGGGCAAUCCUUCGCUUAUAUCCAUUCAAUCCCUAGUUCAGGAGUCGGUCCUUGAGGCAAACACGUCGGAUACUGGCAUCGCUACGCAUUUGCGCAAACUAAGGGAAAAUUCUUUGCCUACAGAGGAUGAGCUCAAGGGUUGGCCGAAGGAAAUGACCGCCGAAGAGAAGGAGGAGUUAAGGGUUAAAGCAAGGAAACUAUUCAUACAAAGCGUAGUCCCGGCCGCAUUGAUGGGGAUCAUGGGGCAGUCGGCCACAAGUGAGGCACUUGGCCGCAUCUUCGACUGCCUCCAGAUUGAAGAGGUCUCCAGAGGCCUCUUCUUCGGGAUCAUGUUGCAAGCAGUGCGAGUUGUUACACACUAGGAUUGAUUGUUACGGGCGUUAUACAAGCAAGCAGGCGUAUACUAAGAGGAGAACAAGGGUAUCGGAAGCGGAUGCUGGGAUGUUUGUGCGGCUUAAGUACAUUCUCCUCUUACCGCGACGAUUGAUGCAUCUCAAGAUGUAUGAAUAUUAUACGACAGGCUGUACGAAUACUAUGCGAGGAAAGGGACAGGAACAUUCCAAGGAGGCUUCGGGAGUCGACGGGUUACCAAUUCCAAUUCCUCGCGAAGUUAACAAAAUACAUACUAAUUAAUCUAUACAAGAACGAACAUAAGCAUAUCCCGGGCGGGCUUUGAUGACUUUUUUUUUUUAUACUAUGGUUUUUAUGUAAUUAUUACCUACAGUAAAGCAGCUCGUGGGAUUUAGAGUAUUCUCAUAGCUACGUCGGAAUGCGUGUAAGAUGCUGUCAACGAUCACCGGAUAGUCGCCAUUCCUACCUGUCGUGCUUGU